GAAGGGGGCUGGAAUCAGGACCAGACGCUCCAUAUAAAUAUAAGACCUUAUAAAGCAGUCUCACACUACGCCAGACGCAGACAUGAAGACUCCGGGAGUCUUCCUGCUAUUCAAUGUCCUGCUGCUCAUAAAUGUAUGUAGCACAGCUAAAAGAGACACAGAGAAUGAUACAGACGGUGAAAUGUACCCCGCUGAUUGCGAUGAAUGGUACGCUAUGGGAUCAGAGGCCAAUGGGGUGCACGUCAUAUAUCCUGCAGGACCGCAGAGUGCUGUCCCCGUGUAUUGUGACAUGAGUACUGAUGAAGGGAAAUGGACAGUGAUCCAGAAGAGGUUUAACGGCACCCUGGCAUUUUUCCGCGGCUGGACAGAUUAUAAACUGGGCUUUGGCCGGGCUGAUGGGGAGUAUUGGCUUGGGUUACACAAUGUGUAUCUGUUAACGUUGAAGAGGAAGUAUGAGCUGAGGGUCGACCUCGGAGAUUUCGAGAAUAACACGGCUUAUGCCAAAUACAGCGACUUUGCUCUCUCUCCAAAAGCCAUUAACCCCGAGGAAGACGGAUACGCUUUGUAUGUAGAGGGAUUUCAUGAUGGAGGAGCAGGUGAUGCUUUGUCCUAUCACAAUGGCAUGAAGUUUUCUACGUAUGAUAGUGAUCGGGACACCUAUACCCAGAACUGUGCUGCCCUGUCUACUGGAGGCUUCUGGUUCAAAUCUUGUCACCAGGCCAACCUGAAUGGUCCAUAUCUAGGUGGUGUCCAUUUGUCCUACGCCAGUGGUGUUAUCUGGUUUCCUUGGAAGGGUUACUACUACUCUCUGAAGACCACAGAAAUGAAGAUACGUCGAGUGUGACCUGCCUUUUAUACGUUAGGUAGCCUCUAUCAAUAUGAUCCUUCUAUCAAUAUAUUAGUUUUGUUCCUUGACCCCAUCCCAGAAACAUAGUAUCCAUAAUCUAUGAUCUGUUUCUCAAUAAACCUCCACAUGUCCAGCUCUGUACAAAUGUCAUCAAUGAAAACACAUGUUGUUGGACCUAUAGUACCUGCUUGCACAUGUUGUAUCUUCUAAUAUACCCCUACAGUACCCAUGUAUAACCCACCCAGUGUCUCUUACCUUGUUCAGUAGCACUUGCUGUGAUAUAAACAUGAAAUGUACCCAAA